AAAAACAAAGAUCGAUUCGAAUCAAAUUUCAAGGAGAAAUGUCGAAUGUAACUGUCUGCGUACGCUUCAGGCCUUUGAGCUCGAAGGAGAAAAGAGAUCACGGCGAUGACAUCUGCAUUGAAAGCUUGGACUCCGAAACCUUCACCAUCAAGGAUGAGAAGGAAGAAGGCUUUACGUUUAGCUUUGAUAAGGUGUUCUAUGAGAAAUCCAAGCAAGCUGAUGUUUAUGAGUUUCUUGUUCUACCUAUCGUUCGAGGUGCUGUCGAUGCUACAAAUGGAACAAUCAUUGUGUAUGGACAGACUGGGGCAGGGAAGACAUACAGUAUGGAGGGACCAAACAUCUUGGAAUCUGAUGAACAGAAGAAAGGGAUACUUCCGAGAGUAGUAGAUGGAUUGUUUGCAUGUAUUAGAUCUUCUGAUGAGUCGGUCAAGCACACAAUCAAGUUGUCAGUGGUAGAGAUCUAUAUGGAGAAAGUCAGGGACCUUUUUGAUUUAUCAAAGGACAAUAUUCAGAUUAAGGAGAGUAGAACACAAGGAAUAUUGUUAUCCGGAGCAACAGAGAUCUCUCUGUUGGACCCUGCCGAAGCAUUACAAAGCCUAUCUAGUGGGAUAGCUAACAGAGCAAUUGGAGAGACCCAAAUGAACAUGGCAAGCAGCAGGAGUCAUUGUGUUUACUUGUUCACGCUCAACCAAGAGUCAACCACUGAGAAGAGGGUGAAAUCUGGAAAAUUAAUUCUUGUGGACCUGGCGGGGUCAGAGAAAGUAGAGAAAACCGGGGCAGAAGGAAGAGUUCUUGAAGAAGCUAAAACCAUCAACAAGUCUCUCUCAGCAUUAGGUAACGUGAUAAAUGCACUGACAUGUGGUUCACCAGCCAAAGCAAACCACAUUCCUUAUCGUGAUUCCAAGCUCACUCGAAUCUUGCAAGAUGCUCUUGGGGGAAGCUCUCGCACUGCAUUACUUUGUUGUUGCUCACCAAGUACUUUCAAUGCAUCAGAAAGCCUGUCUACUCUUCGUUUUGGUGCAAGGGCAAAGCAUAUAAAGGCCUCAGCAAUUGUUAAGGGCAAUGAAGAGAAAUAUCUUAAGAAGAAUGGAGCUUGUUCUGCAACUAGAGAUGAGUCGUUUGAUAUAAUUCUCAAAAAGAUGAGUGAGAGACUCGAUGCUGAAGAUGUGGAGUUACUUGAGGAAUUAUUCAUUCAGGCAGGACUAUUUAUCGAUUUUGGUUCAACAGAAGACUUGGAAUCAGCUUAUCAAGAUGUUGCUCAACAAACCAUUUCUUCUUUAAUACAAGCCGUGCAAGAGCUCAAAUUUACUGUUGAGAUGCUUCAGAGAGAGAACAAGGCUCUCAAGGAAAGACUUGCAGCUGCUGAACAGCUUGAUGCUUUGCGUGGAGAAAAUGCAGGUUUUCUUCAUAAGAUUCUAGGCUUUCUCGGCUCCUUUUAUCCAACGAGUUGUAUAAUUUAGCUAUUAGCAUCCAGGACUUACUUACGAACCGAUAUCUGAACCCUUUUCCUUGGUCGCUGAUUUCUUGGGUUGUAAGUUUUUGGUAUAACAGCAUCAGGAUUUAAUGCCAUACUUCAUAUUCCAUGCUAAAGCUUCUCGUAGGAUCCUAAUGCGCUUGUGGAUUGCAUUAUAAGACAAUUUCACUGCUUAUAUUAAGUACAAUUAUUGCAUGUGUA